UGCCCAGCUCAGAUGGCCCACCAAGUGGUGUGGAGGCUGGCAGCACUGCGUGCCCUGCCAUAUCCAGGCCCACCCUCGCCGGGAAAGCGUGUAGUGGUGGUGGGCAGGCAGGGCCUUCCCUCUGCCCCUUGCCUACAGCUCUCUGUCCCCCCCACACUGCAAGACGAAGAAAGGACUGAGGUGCAGACAGGCCGCUUGGGCCGGGUGUGCUUGGCCAGAGCCCUGCCUGCUGCUCACCCUGCCCCUGGCCUACAGCUAUCUGUCCCUUGCCUACAGCUCUCUAUCCCCCACAGGUACCACUGCUGCACCACACGCUGCAACUUGCUGCUGGUGGCCCACUGUCAUCUGGAUGACACUGAGCCGCAGCCAGCCGGCUGCCCAGGCAUGCGAGGAGGGCUGCCACAGUGGGCUGCCAGGCCGUGGGGGCUGCUGUGUGUGUGCCUGCUCUGCAAGCAGCAGCCUCUUGCACACCUUCUGCAAGAGGCAGCGCACGUGCCAUGGGCAUUAGAGGCAGCAGACUCCCAGUACUUGCCCCAAGACCUCAGCAACCACCAGAGAUGCCGUGCAGUUGCAACACGUGCUCGGCAAACUCUGUGAGCGUGCCCAGGCUUCUCGUGCCCCAAGCAGCAGACGACGGUGCCAGUGCUGCCAACACUGCUCAGGGAAAACUGGGCGUACGCUCCGUGACAUCAAGGGCUGAGGGUCAGGUUCCUGCCUCUGGUGGUUCCGGAACCAGGGAUGUUGGAGUGCAGACGGAGCUGCAAGUGUUGGAAGAGACUGCUGAGAGGGAAUCCACAGGAUGGUCAUCCGGGCAACUGUGGAGCGCAUCUCUUGCCUCAUCUGAUGAGGCAGACACCCUGUGUUCAGCUUCUCUUCUGGCUGCAGACCCUGGGCCUGGAGGACACCUUCAGCCUUUGCCCGUAACAGGUCCUGAAGAUGGGGAAAGCUCAACUUCUUCCAAGGCUGAAUACUUUCCAGAGGAGACCAAUGCGGCGCCACGUUUCUGGAGACCAUGGGAGGGAGAAGAAACAGCUACCACCACGCCUGAAUUCUCCAACCAAUCUCUGGGAGAAGCACAGAGAUUGCAAGAUCCCGGAGAGGCGUACGGGGAGGUGUAUGGAUAUCCUCCAGUUCACCCAGCAAUCCGGAGAAUCCGGGAUGAGGCGAGGAAGGACCAGAUGCGGUCCAGCUGGAACACAUCCUGGCCAAACAGCAUGAGUGUGCCCCAGCUGCUAAGGCCCCAAGCAGCAGAAGACGGUGCCAAUGCAGCUGACAGUGCUCUGGGCACACUGAGAGCCUGCAGUGUGACAUCGAGGGCUGAGGGCCAGUUUUCUGCUUCUGAUGAUUCCCCAGCCAGGGAUGUCACAGCCCAGGAUUCGCAGCUAGAGCUGGAAGAGACUGCUGGGAUAGAAAUGGCAGGACAGUCAUCUGGCACCCUGCAGGCUGCAUCUCUUUCCCCAUCUGAUGAGGCACACGCUGUGUGUUCACCGUCUCUUCUGGAUGCUGGUCCCGGGCCUGCAGGACACCUUGAGCCUCUGCCCGCAUCAGUGCUGGAAGAUGCAGAAAGCUCAGAUUCUCCUGAGGCUGCAAGCUCUGCAGAGGAGGCUGAUGGAGCAUCACUCCCCUUGUCAGUGUCUGAGGGAGGAGCAAGAGGAGAGCCGGCUGUGGCCAUGCCUGAGUCCUCCGGACAAGGUCUGGGAGAAGCACGGAGACUCCAAGAUCCCAGAGAGAUCAACAGGGAGGCCUAUGGGUACUCUCCUAUGAUCCCAGCACUGCGGAGAAUUCGUGAGGAGGACAGAAACGAGCGGACGUUGUCACACUGGAAUAUUUCCUGGCCAAGGAACGUGAGAAGCCCCAGGCAGCAAAGGCUCCAGGCAAGAGGCGAUGCUUUCAGUACUGCUGGCACUGCUCAGGGCAUGCCGGGCAUCCGGCCCACGACAUCACGGGCUGCUGUCCGGUUUCCUGACUCUGGUGACUCCCGAGUGUGGUCUCCUAGACUGUCAGUUGUGCAGGAGGAGUCCAGCGAUGACAGCGACAGUGCUGUCAGCACUGCUGAGGGCAUGCAGGAUGCCAGAGACACUGCAGUGACAGAUAAGGGCACGCACCCGCCCUCCUGUCUUUGCCCUUCAACGCUGGAGGCUGUGGAGGAUGACUGGGAGUGUGACUCUGAGGAAGAUGCUGCAUCAGAGGCAGUCAGCGUCACACCCAGCACAUCUGACGAUUCAUCUGCUGAGGUGGAGUCCACGUCUUCAGCGUCAUCUGUGGCUGCAGAUCCCAGGCCUGAGGAGCAUGUGUCAGCGUGUGAGGGAGCAGAUGUGGGCCCUCAGCACGAGGUUUCUGCAGAGACUGGAGAAGGUGCACAGAGCUCCGUGUGCUUCAGAGACGCACCGGAGGAAGGCCCAGGUACCGCUGCCGCACCACACGCAGCGGCUCGCCGCCGGAUGCCAGCUGUCGUCAGGAUGGCGCUUCGGGCUCUGCGCAGGGUUUUCACCUGCAGCUGCAUCAGGGGACAGCGAGAGGAGAGGCAUGAGGCUGCAAACACCAGGCAGCUCCCAGAGACGUAGAAUUAGAUGUAGAUCCCCUUGUAGAUGUAGAAUUCUGAUUAAAUGUUAUCU